AUGCCCUCCCUCCUCGACAAGCUCCAAUCCAAGUUGGAGCUCCUCCGCCUCGAGAAACGCUACACCCGGUCCCGGCACAGGCGCUCGCACUUUGUCUCCGGCGCCGUCUACGUCGACGGGGAGUACGUCUUCCAGACGCCCAACUCCACCGGCUCCUCCAAAUCAUCCUCCCACACCACCGUCACUGGCACCCCCGGCGUCGACGCCCUCCAUGGCGACUACUACGCCCACAGCAGCAACAAGGCCUACGCCCGCGAGCCCGCCGUCGACGUUAUCGCCGAGGAGGACCGCGCCGUCGAGGAGGAGUUUCAGCGCAAGCGGAUGAACCGCUUCAGCGCCAUGCCCUCCAUGUCCUCCCUCCGACGCGAGACAGAGACCCCCGAGGAGACGCACCAGAGGAAGAAGCUGAACCGCUUCAGCAGCAUCGCCGGCUUUGGGCGGGACUAUGAUGUGAACAACAAGGCCCUGCCUGCGCGCCCAAAGGAGAGCCGAAGGUUGAGCAUGCUGCGUUGA